AUGUCAAGUUUGGAUAGUGCCGCUGAAGGUGGUCAUCUUAAACUGGUCACAUUCCUAUCUGACAAUCGUACCGAGGGAUGUACUAGUAAUGCCAUGGAUCUUGCUGCAAAGAACGGACACUUGGAGGUGGUCGAAUGGAUCAACGAGUAUCGUGAUGAAGGAUGUACUGUUGGUGCCAUGGAUCUGGCUGCAGAGUAUGGUCACUUGAACAUCCUGGAGUACUUACAUCUGAAUAGGACCGAAGGAUGUACUCAGUUGGCAAUGCAUAUGGCUUGUGCCAAUGGUCACUUGGAUGUGGUCAAGUUCCUGCACUUGAACCGAACAGAAGGAUGUAGUCUAGAUGCCAUAAACAAUGCAUGUGCCAACGGCCAUUUGGAAAUUGUACAAUAUCUAUGGGAGAAUAGGACUGAACCAGCUGGAUUCAUGGCAUUCCUACAUGCUGCCAUCAACGGACAUCUACAUGUACUCAACUACAUAUCAGUCCAUAUUGCCAUUGGCAAUCCCGAGUUCACACAGGCCAACUACUUCUAUGCACUGGAGCGAGCUGCAACUAAAGGUCAUUUCUACAUUGUAAAGUACAUCAACUCAUUCAUCAACAGUCGUCUAAGGUCCAAUGCUCUGAACCUCGCGUGUAAAGUCGGUGAUCUUGAUCUCGUCAGCUUCCUACAUUCACAAAACUAUGAUGGUACAACCUUUGAAGCCAUGGACAAUGCAGCAACAUAUGGUCAUUUGGAUAUUGUACAAUUCCUACAUUCAAACAGAAGUGAAGGUGCAAGCAAACAAGCAUUGAAUGGUAGUGCGUACCAUGGACAUUUGAAUGUUGUAAAGUUCCUAAGUCAAUGUAGGUCAGAGGGUGGAUCAAAUAGAGCGAUAGACUUUGCAGCAUCAAAUGGACAUUUGGAUGUUGUAAAGUACCUUGAUAUGAAUAGGAACGAAGGCUACACAUCAUUUGCAUUGGAGAGUUCAUGUUUGAAUGGGCACCUUGAGAUUGUAGAGUACCUAUCAAAGAAACAAUCAGCUGUAUGCUCUAAACUUACAUUGAUCAAGGCAUGUGAAGGUGGUCAUAUUGAUAUUGUCAAGUUUAUAUGUGAGACAUUUGAUAAGCAACAUCAUUAUCAAAAGGCAUUGAUCGCUGCUGCAAAGAAGGACUUGGUAAUCACUCAAUAUGUAUUAGAAUAUGCAAGGAACAAUGGAGACAACUCAUCACAUGAGAUUAUUAGCACUGAUGUGAUGAUCAGUGCAAUUACAUCUGGUCACCUUGAUACAUUUGACUAUUUGUAUCGCAGUACCAUCAACAAACAGUCAAUAAGUUACUCCACUCUGGUGGGUGUGGCCAGUCAGCAUGGAAAGACAGACAUCCUAAACUACCUUGUUAGAGUGAUACCCGUGGACAGUAACACAUCAAACAUUGAUUCAUGUGCCAACAGUCUGAUCUACUAUGGACAUCUUGAUAUCCUUCAGGUGUUUAUGAGUAAACAUCGUCUAUCUCUGGGUUCACUGGUGGUGCCGGACAAGACCUUCCAGAGACUGUGCAAGAAUGGUGACAUUGGUAUGAUCAAGUACAUUGCACAACCCAAGCACUUUACAGAGACACACCGUCUGACGGCUUUGCAACACGAGCGACUAUCAGUGUACAUCUUCCUAAACAGUCACAAUCCUCAGUAUGGUGAGAAAGAGAUGGAGUUGGCCAUAAAGAAUGGAUACAUGGUAGUGGUCAGACAUAUAUUGGAGAGCUCGCCAAAGCCAUUCACCAACCUACUGGCCUUCAUCGAGUUGGCCAAAGAGACCAUCCAUCAUCACAUCACCAACUAUCUAGUCAAUCAAAAGGAGAGAUUGGAUAAACGUCGACGAUAUUGGACAUUAUUUAAGUAA